CUCCAGCCAAACAGUGCAUCUGGAAGUGGGGCUCUGGAGCAUGAUCCUUCUUCCAUUUAUUUACGAAUACCUGCUGGAGAAGCUGUACCGGGUCCUCUCCCUCUUGGAGUCUCAGUCAUCGAUGCCUCUGUGGCUCUUUUUGGUGUAGUGUUUCCUCAUGUUUCUUAUAAACACCGAUUACAGAUGUUGGAUCACUUUGCUGAAUGUGUUAAACAAGCCAAAGGUGUCCGCCAGCAGGCUGUGCAGCUUAAUAUAUUUACUGCUGUACUUAGUGCACUAAAGGGCUUAGCUGAAAACAAAAGUACUUUAGGACCUGAAGAAGUUCGUAAAUCUGCUCUGACACUGGUUAUGGGUGCUCUUGACAACCCGAACCCCAUCUUGCGAUGUGCAGCAGGGGAAGCUCUUGGAAGAAUGGCUCAGGUGGUUGGAGAAGCAACUUUUAUUGCUAGAAUGGCCCAGUAUAGCUUUGACAAGUUGAAAUCAGCUCGAGAUGUUGUAUCUAGGACGGGUCAUUCAUUGGCUCUUGGUUGUUUGCAUCGUUAUGUUGGUGGUAUAGGCUCAGGACAACAUCUGAAGACCAGUGUCAGCAUUUUACUGGCUCUAGCACAAGAUGGAACAUCUCCUGAAGUCCAGACUUGGUCUCUUCAUUCACUUGCCUUGAUAGUGGAUUCUAGUGGCCCAAUGUAUCGUGGAUAUGUAGAACCAACAUUGUCUCUAGUUCUUACGUUGCUGUUGACAGUUCCACCUUCACAUACAGAAGUUCAUCAGUGUUUGGGUAGAUGCUUGGGUGCUAUAAUAACCACUGUUGGCCCUGAACUACAAGGCAAUGGAGCAACAAUUUCUACAAUUCGUUCCUCUUGUUUGGUGGGUUGUGCAAUAACCCAGGACCAUUCGGAUUCUCUCGUUCAGGCAGCUGCUAUAUCUUGCCUUCAGCAGCUUCACAUGUUUGCACCACGACAUGUCAAUCUAUCUAGUCUUGUUCCUAGCCUUUGUGUUCACUUAUGUAGUUCCCAUUUGUUACUUCGACGGGCAGCUGUGGCAUGUCUCCGGCAACUUGCACAAAGAGAAGCAGCUGAAGUGUGUGAAUAUGCCAUGAGCCUAGCAAAAAGUUCAGGAGACAAAGAGAGCAGUGGUGCCAAUGUCAGUCCUUUUGCACCUGGGGUCGGUUCUCGAAGUGGUAUCCAUUCUCGGCACCAAGGUGUUAAUAUAACAGAAACUGGUCUUGAGGGACUUCUUUUUGGAAUGCUAGACCGAGAGACAGAUCGAAAAUUAUGUUCUGAUAUUCAUGACACUUUAGGACAUAUGCUUUCAUCCCUGGCAGUAGAAAAACUUUCCCAUUGGCUAAUGCUUUGUAAAGAUGUCCUGGCAGCUUCUAGUGAUAUGAGUACUGCAACUCCCUUAAGCAGUGGAAAAGAUGAAGAAUCUGAAAAGAAGGAUGAGAUGGACGAUGAUACCAUGUUUACCACCCUAGGAGAAGAAGACAAAUCAAAGCCCUUUGUGGCACCUCGCUGGGCCACUCGGGUAUUUGCUGCUGAUUGCCUGUGUCGAAUCAUCAAUUUAUGUGAGAAUGCAGACCAGGCUCACUUUGAUCUUGCUAUGGCACGUUCUGCUAAACUACGAAACCCUACAAAUGACCUCUUGGUCCUUCAUCUCUCUGACCUGAUUCGCAUGGCAUUCAUGGCUGCAACUGAUCAUAGCAACCAGCUGAGGAUGGCUGGGCUCCAGGCACUUGAAGAUAUUAUCAAGAAGUUUGCAUCUGUGCCUGAGCCAGAAUUUCCAGGUCAUGUGAUCCUGGAGCAGUAUCAAGCUAAUGUGGGAGCUGCUCUGAGACCAGCAUUUUCACAAGAUACACCAUCAGAUAUAAUAGCAAAAGCUUGCCAGGUAUGUAGUACGUGGAUUGGAAGUGGAGUUGUCAGUGAUCUUAAUGAUCUCCGUCGAGUACACAAUCUUCUUGUUUCUUCUCUGGACAAGGUUCAGGCUGGAAAAGGAUCUUCUAGCCAACUGUACCGAGAGAGUGCCACAACCAUGGAAAAACUGGCUGUUCUCAAAGCUUGGGCAGAGGUGUAUGUGGUUGCUAUGAAUAUUAAAAAGGAAGCAGAAUCCAAACCAAAAAGAGCAAUUAAAAAUACUGAUGAUGAUGAUGACGACUAUGGUACCAUAGAUGAACUACCACCAGAUAGUUUAAUAACACUGGUACAACCUGAACUGCCAACACUCAGCCGCCUGUGGUUGGCAGCAUUAAAAGAUUAUGCACUUUUGACUUUACCAGCUGAAUUUGCAAGUCAGCUCCCCGUAGAUGGUGGAGCAUUUUAUACUCCUGAGACUAUUGAUACAGCUAGACUUCACUAUCGGAAUUCCUGGGCCCCAAUUCUCCACGCAGUGGCACUUUGGUUAAAUAGCACAGGAUUUACAUGUUCAGAUUCCACAGAAGCAGCAGCAAUAUCUGGUUCACAAAAACGUUCUACAUCUGUCAAUUUAAACCAGGCAUCAGGAGCAACGGCUAAUGCUAAAUCUUUGCCAGAAAUUAACAAAGACAGAAUGCAUCUGAUUUUAGGUGUGAGUAUACAGUUUCUUUGUUCCCCUAGACCUGAGGAGCCUAUUGAACACGUUACAGCAUGCCUACAGGCCUUACAUACCUUGCUAGAUUCUCCUUAUGCCCGAAUCCAUAUUGCAGAAGAUCAGCUGAUUGGUGUUGAGUUGCUGAGUGUUUUGCACCGCCUCUUAUUGACCUGGAAUCCAUCAUCUGUCCAGCUGUUGGUUACUGGAGUUGUACAACAGAUAGUAAGAGCUGCUCAGGAUUAUUUGCAAGAAAAAAGAAACACUCUAAAUGAAGAUGAUAUGGAAAAAGAGUCCUGUACUGUAUUAGGAGAAGGAGGUGACAGCGGUGGUCUCAUUCCUGGCAAAUCUCUUGUGUUUGCAACUAUGGAGCUGUUGAUGUUCAUUUUAGUACGGCACAUGCCACACCUCAGUACCAAGAUGUCAGACUCUCCAAGUCACAUAGCCACUAAAACUCGACUGUCAGAAGAAAGUGCUCGUUUGGUGGCAUCCACAGUUACCAUACUCUCUGAUUUACCGUCCCUUUGUUCACCUGCUGGAUGUAUGACAAUCCUGCCCACAAUUUUGUUCCUAAUUGCAAGAAUAUUGAAAGACACAGCAGUAAAGUCUGCAGAUAAUCAGGUUCCUCCACCAGUCAGUGCAGCUCUUCAAGGGAUUAAAAGUAUUGUGACACUUUCAAUGGCCAAAACUGAAGAAACUCAAAAACAGUGGACAGCUCUAAUUCGUAGCACUCUUGCAUGCAUCCUAGAAUAUUCUCAACCAG